GCCAUCGGGCAUCGGGCAUUGAACUUCAUUGCGCUCAAGUCCCGCUCACUGCCAUUCCAGAUUGUACAUAUCAAGAGUCCAAUAAUUUGCAGUGGGAUAGGAUCGUACUCCUCCGGGGUCAAACAAUAGUUCGCCAGAACGCCUGCAGAGCAAACUAUAACAAAACAGGGGGUGCGUGCCGCUACGGCACUGAGCCUCCAAGUUGAUUCCUCCGAUGGCGUUCAAAUACAUCCUAAACUCUCUUCGGGGGACCAACCUCGAAAUCUUCAAGUUCGGGCUCUACCUCUCCUUCCCCAUAGGAUACAUGUACUAUUUCGGCACGAACCUGGAAGAGCGCUUCUCGGUGCCCGGGUUCUGGCCCAGCCAGGAACAGAGCAAUAAGAUCCCCUACGAGCGAGACGAGAUCAAGGCCGAGGUCGAGCGCAUCCAAACCGCCAUGAAGGAGCGGGAGCUGGAACGACGCAGACGAGCCGACGAGGCUCUCGGGGCAGCCAAGUUGGCGUUCCGAGAACCAAAAGACACUACUCAUGAGGGCACCACGGCAUGAAACUGAAACUGAAACUGCACGGGCAAUUUUUCACACGCAUUCUUGGACGAGACCAACGUUUCGAGGAGAGGGUCUUGCAUCGCGACGGAGUUUUGGGCGGAAUACUACCUAUGGCUGCAAACAAAACAGAUUCUCAUUUAUUUAGAUUGUGGGAUCCGAAGGGUUACAAAAACAACCGGCGCCCACUUGUAUUACAACACCUUUAUGAACAGAAGAAAAGAUGGAGGACCGAAACCAUGGCGCGCCUAAUACAAGAAAUCUCGACUCAUUCCGGGUGCUAGCAGAACUGGGUUCUUGCUUCUUUUUUUUGUUUUGAUCCCACCAACCACCACGGACAGACAGCCCGUGAACCAGAACCAGUCCAACCGAAAACGCCACGCUCGGGUAUUUAUUUCUCAUCAUAGUUCUCCCAACACGGCUCGGACACUAGGACUGGCCAGCGCCGACGACGCUGUCGACGACAUAAGCAGUCCGUCCGUCAUGUAUGAUGAUGCGGAUGCGGCCGCAGCCUUUGCCCCAGCCCCAGCAGCGGCGCUGGUGUAUGCGAACUCGCCGUUGAUGUAGUAAUAGAUGCGGUUGUAGAUGACUGCGAGAUGGUUCGGGAGGUAGAACAAUGCCGCCGUGACAAGGAGAGAGACGAGGAUGAAGAGGAUCAGGUCUGCAGAGAGAAAGAACAUAAGUUAGAUGGAGGUCACUACCACCGGUUUGAACAACAGGUAUAGGUCCGGGUAACAUACUGAAGAUGCACUUCUCGGUCGGGGUCAGCAUGUACAGCGAAAAGGUGACUUCGUAUUGGUACUUUUUCAACUGCACCCAGCGCACAAAGGACGACAGGUAGGACGCCGACGCCCGUUGUUCCCGUGUGGCUUUGGCGUAUUCGGGCAUUUCGAAGGCGAGAGUCGGCAUGGGCAUGGACACGGGCGCGCACGAGGUUAUUCAA